GGGCAGCUGAUAUCAUUAUUUCAACCUUUGGAGCACUUGUUUUUGUAGGUUCGAUCUCUCUUUAUAUCUAGAGAGGAUGAAGUCAAGAAGUUUCAUUUCCUAGUUAUUUUCGGCAUCGUACGUUACUUCCACAAAUAGAAAGGCCGCGUUUGUUCUUUUUGUUCCCUUGUUUUAAACUAGAGGUUGCCUGUGUCUGUCCUGUAAAGAUGUCACAGCUAGUGAAAAUUCCUUGGUUUUCUGAAAACCCAAUGGAUGACUAUCUGCAGUAUUUAAGUGGAACAGUGGGAAUCGCUGCUCUAACAGGCGCUGCAGCUGCUACAGCUUUAUACAUGGCGCUCUCACCGUCUCCCAUGUCUCCACCUGUUGAUAUCGAAAAUCAAUCAGCUGAAGUUCCUAAUUCAGGCGGAGCUCGUCAAUCAAAAUUAGCACCUCCGGGUGAGAUGACUGGUUUUCUUUAUGAGGAUGCAAAAACUCUUUUGGAAAUGAUGCAGAGAGGAUACAGGAUGUCAAGUAAUGGUAAUUGCCUUGGCUACAAAAUAUCAAAGACAGAAUAUACUUUCAUCAGUUAUGGUGAAGUGAUAGAGAGGGCAAGAAAUUUUGCAUCUGGUUUGGUAAAGAUUGGAAUGAAGCCUGGUCAAGAUUCUUUCAUUGGAAUCUAUGCACAAAAUUGUGUUGAGUGGAUAUUGACUGAACAAGCUUGUUAUAACCAAUCUGCUGUCAUUGUUCCACUGUAUGAUACACUCGGACCUCAUGCAUGUUCUUUUAUAAUGAAUCAAGCUGAAAUUAAAAUAGUGGUUUGUGAUAAAGAAGAGAAAGUUAAAUCUCUUAUGGAACAGAGGGACGAGACCCCACUACUAAAACACAUAAUUUUAGUUAAUGAAGUCAGUGAAAAAAUAAAAGCUUUAGUUGAAGACAAAGGUGUUGAAUUGCAUUCAUUCAAAGAUAUUGAAGAACUAGGUGCUAAGAAUCCUGCUCCAAUAUUGCCACCUAAACCAUCUGAUGUUGCUACAGUCUGUUACACAAGUGGAACAACUGGUGAUCCAAAAGGUGUUAUGCUUACCCAUGAAAACAUAAUAAUUGAUGCCUCUGCUGUUAUUGAUCAAUUGGCUGAGUAUGCACCUAACAAAAAUGAUAUCAUGAUAUCAUUCCUACCAUUAGCUCAUAUGCUUGAAAGACUGUGUGAAGUGACAGUUUACAUCAAUGGUGGAAGCAUUGGUUUUUACAGUGGUGAUAUUAGAGUACUAAUGGAGGACAUGAAAGCUUUAAGACCUACUAUUACACCUUGUGUUCCUAGGUUACUCAAUAGAAUCUAUGACAAAGUUCAAGCAAAAAUUAAUGGUAGUUUUAUGAAGAGAUUUUUGUUUAAUGUUGCCAUGCAUAUGAAAAAGUCUGAACUUCAAAAGUUUAUUAUCAGAAAUAACAGUAUUUGGGAUCGUUUGGUGUUUAAACCUGUUCGAGAAGGAAUGGGUGGUAGAAUUCGCCUACUUGUUAGUGGUUCUGCACCCUUAGCUGGAAACAUCUUAACUUUUAUUCGAUGUGCAUUGGGAUGCGUGGUUGUUGAAGGCUAUGGACAAACUGAGUGUGUAGCACCUUGCACAACAAAUAUUCAAGGUGACUAUUCAGUUGGGCAAGUUGGACCUCCGAUAUCAUGUUGUCAUAUCAAAUUAGUAGAUGUUCCCGAAAUGGAAUAUUUUUCAAAAAAUGGACAAGGAGAGGUUUGCAUCAAAGGACGUAAUGUGUUUAAAGGUUAUUUUAAAGAUCCUGAAAAAACAGCAGAAACAAUAGACUCUGAUGGUUGGUUGCAUACGGGUGACAUUGGCAUGUGGCUUCCAAAUGGGACACUUAAACUUGUUGACAGGAAAAAGAAUAUAUUUAAACUUGCACAGGGCGAAUAUAUUGCUCCAGAAAAAAUUGAAAAUAUUUAUCUAUCUAGCACUUACGUUUCUCAGAUAUUUGUACAUGGAGAAAGUUUACAGAGUUUCUUGGUUGCCAUUGUUGUACCAGAUAAAGAGGUUCUUAUGAAAUACUGUCAAGAGAAAGGAAUUCCUGGUACCUGGGAAGAAGUUUGCAAAAACAAAGAGAUAAAAGAGCUGAUAUUAAGUGACAUUAUUUACCUUGGAAAGAAGGCUGGUUUAAAAUCAUUUGAACAGGUGAAAGAUAUUUAUUUGAACCCUGAAAUGUUUUCGAUUGAUAACGGACUGCUCACACCUACUCUCAAGACAAAGAGACCAGAUUGUAAAAAAUGCUUUAUGGAUGUUAUCAAUUCUAUGUACAGGUUAAUGGUUUAGUUUCUGUAGAACUAUAUGUGUGUGUCUGCGUGUUUCUAAGAAUCUCUCCAACUAUACUCGAACACUAGUUUUGAAAAAAUGUUUGCGUGAAGGACCAAAUCAAGAAAGACCCCCCCCCCUCUAUGGAAUGUGAUCUUAAUGUUGCGAACUGCAAUUAUAUUAAGUAUUCCUAUUGAUUUUUUUUUCCAAGUCCACGAAACAUUUGAACUAAAAUUUUGGAUUGUAUGAUGAUGUCUUUCAUACAUUAGCUUGCUGUGUACAUUCCAGAUGAUAGACUAAUUAUUUUCACGUUUGCUGCACUCCUCUUUUCUGGAAAAAUUCCAUUUUUUAGUUUCGAUAUCAUUCAAACUAGCGUAACUUUAAAUCGAGUUGUCGUACCACUGCUGGCCGACGGGAUUUGCGGAUGACAGAAUUAUUCUUGUGUUUACAUGAAUGGUUAGUAUUGGUACAUUACUGAAACCGAUGUAAUAAUGUGAUAUUGUAUACUAUUAAUAUGCAUUGCAAUCCAUAUCUUUUUUGAAGUUGAAGAGUUAAUUAUAGUGUGUUUGUGAUAGUAACUUCAUUUUUACAUUUUGUUUUUGUUUCGUAUCUGAGAAAAAUAAGGCUUUUAAUUAAUUGGAUUUUUGUUAAAACUUUGUUGAUUAAUUUAAAAUUUUUAUUGACAUUAAUCAAAUUUUGUUUUAAUUUAUGUUAUUUAUAACUAGGCUAGUAUAAUAAGUUAUUUUUUUUUGUCCUUUUACUUUACAAUUGCUGUUUUUCUAUUAAGUAUAGUUUUGUGCUAGCAACUGUGCAGAAAUGUGAAAUGCUAAACAAGUAAUUGAAUACUUUAUUUACUAUUUGUUAAUGUAAUCAUUUUUCUCUGAAGUUAGUGAUUAACUGUAGUCCAAAAAGUAUUUAAAUGGCUAUUUUCACAUUGGAUUUGAACUAAUUUGAAAGUACAUCUAAUAAGCAAUGCAAAUUGUUUUAAUUUGAAUUAGUUGUUCCUUAUUAGUUUUUAAGAAAUAUUUUUUUGAAAGACUUUUUGGUUUUUAAAAAUAUUUCAAUCAUUUUUAAAAUUUUUAUAUUUAAUUAGUUUUUGAAUUUUAAAAUAGAGAAUAAAAUAUUUUUUUAAUGUCUAUGACAAGGUAAUACAAAAGUUUUCAUGCACUCUUUGUGCAAUAUAAGUGUUAUGUUUAUGUUCAGCUUUGUUUUGCAUAAUUGUGUCAUAUAUUUCCUAUUUUGGAAAUCUAAUGAGUGAGAAAUUUGCUUUUUAUUUAAAGGCCAUGUAUUGUCAUAUUCUAGAGCAUUUAAUUAUGUUUGUAUUUGUUUUAUUUAUUAAUAAAAACCCUCAAAAUAUACUCAUCAAUUAUAAAAUAAACCAUACAUUUGAGACAUUAGUGAUAUAAUCAUGGCUCAUUUCAGCUUUAAUGUUUUGAAAUAUUUUUUUUUAGUUUAGUUUCUUAUUUAUAGAAUCAUAUACUUAAAGUUGUGCCCUAUUUAAAUGAAGAAAAAAAUUAAGAGCAACAAAAUAUAGUAUUUUUAAAUCUCCUUUUAACUUGUGUAUUUUAUUGGAAUUUAGUAAUUAUAUGAAUAUUUACUUUUGUGUUUAAAGAAUUUUAGAAUUUCUUCUAUAACUAAAUUUCUUUAUUAAUUAUUUGACUUUUUGUAUUAUCUCUCUCUAAGAAAUGAAAUACUUUUUAGAAGUGUAGUUUGUGCAUCACCCGAUAAUUCUUUUUCAAGGUAUUGGGCACUGCAUUUGUUUUUCUUUUUGCAAAACUUUUCUUGUUAAUAAUUUAUUAAUUUCUUCCCCAGUGUUUCACUGUUUGUAAAUAUUCUUGUUUUUGUGCCUGUUCUUGUAACUUUUGACAUUAAAUUGUUUCCUGUACAUAAA